CGACUGUCCAGCUCCGCCUAUUCUCUCUGUUUUUUUCCACUCCUGAGUUUUCUCUUCCUCCGCCUCUCAGUCUCUCAGAUGCUCUCUGCCUGCUCACACGGGAACACAAUGACUCCGUUAUCGGGGCUUUUCUUUUCGUUUAUUCUCCUGGUUGCCUCGCCUGUGGCGAACUCCUUUAAAGCGAUCGUAGGAGAUCAGCUUAAAGUUAAUGGGAACUGUGAGCCGGAUGAAUCGGUAAGACUGCAGCGGGUGACACUUGAUGGUCCCCGGGAUGUCGCUACUGAUCAGGGCGGGCAGUGGCAGGUGAGCAGAGAGGAGGACAGAGGCCGGAUAAAGCGCGACUCUUCAUACAUCGUUUUCAGCCCCACGCUGUACACCGACGAAGGGACGUAUGAAGUGACCUGCUCCAAGUCUGGCACCAAAACCAUCCAGGUGAAGGUGUUUUCUGCCAGUAAAGUGUCUGUGACCCGGGGUGAUACCGUGACUCUCCCGUGUUACGGUAGAACCAAGGAGGGAACUGGCUUAACUGGUCGGUGGGAGAAAAACGGGGAACCUCUGUGUGUGAAGAACUCCAUUUCUGAAGGCUGCAGCGGGACACCUGCUGACAGACUGACUGUGUCCGCUGACUGGAUCACUAACGGAGAUCUGUCUCUGACUAUUGAGGGGGCGCAGCCUGAGGAUGGAGGGGAUUAUUUCUGCUACAUCCAAGAUGGGAAACAAUCUAAAUCUGAAAAUCCUGCUGCUUAUAGACUGACCGUCACUGAGAAAAUGACUCAUCAGAUGAUCAACAACAGCACAGCAGCACCUAGAAAUCAAACUCAGAGUUGUGCCGAACUCACUCAGCCUUGGCAGAUCUCCACUGGGGUUCUCACUGCGAUCCUGCUGCUUGUUGCUCUUUUUUAUUUGUGUCGCUGUGGCAAAAACCGCUGUGAUUCUGGAAAACUUUACGAGCUGGUACACAGAAGCUGCCAUGCAUCCAACUCUGGCGAAGAUACAACAGGUGUUUAAAUAGAUCAGAUUAUUUAUU